AACACGCGUGGCUUUUGACUGUUGACGAGGAGGUCAACAUAAUAGUUUUGGUUUACGUUAACUUCUCGAAAUGGCAAGUGCUAGACUUCAAUCUUUCCGGAGCUUCUUAACUGAACACUUUAGCACAUUAGCUGUGGAGAUAUUUGGUGAAGUGGAGGGUUUGGUUGAAGCGUUUUACGAAGAAAACAAGCAGCUGAGGAACGUACUGCGCAUGGUGCUCAACCCCGAGUUAAAGUUAUCCAGGAUAGAUAUUACGCCGUGCACUGGAACCACCACAAAUGUAAGAGAGCAGCCUGUGGAGCCAAACAGCAGGCCAGCCAGUGGAAUAUCAGAUCCUCUUACUACGCAACCCAAAGACGAGGAGAUUGAAUGCAACAUUAGCUGGGAUUUGGAACAACAACAAUGUCGAAGGGAACUCAACAAUAUUAACACACAAGAUGUUGUGAAAAAAGAUCCAGAAGAGGAACAAUCAAACCAGCCCUCCACCACUGACUUGUGUUCUGUGGAAGAGGACAAACCAAACUCCCCAACCUCUGUGUCAGCUGCAGCUUUCUCAAAGGAAUCAGAAGAAUAUGAAGCUUACUCACCACUGUUUGAGAGCAGGGUAACCACAAGCAGCAGCACGAAACCUCAGAAAGAUCACAAAACCUCAAAUACUAAAAUUCCAAAGUUCUCCAGUCAGAAAACCAUACUGCUGACACCCAGGAUAUUACCUCCCUCAGUGGCUGCCCCAUCGGACACCCUGACAUUUUUAUCAAAGCUUCAUGAAGCCUUUAAAGAUUAUCUCGAGGAGGAGAAGCCUCUGAUUACUAAAAUGGGGCUUACAUCAAAUAUGGAAUGGGUGGAUGGUGCCAUUGGCCAGGUCCAGAAAGGUGACCCCCCCUCCCACCGGCCUCCUGCACCAUUGCUGAAGGACUACAAGCCGAAUGACAAUUCUGCUCGCCGACCACCGCUUCCCUUGUGUCAUCACGUGCUGCAGCCGGUGUCUGGCCCUCCUACGCUCAGUGCUCGGGAGCAGGCACAUUUAAAUGGCCUGAAUGUCACAUGGGAAGAAGCGCACCAGCUCGAGCACUCCACCCGCGGAUGCACGGAAUCUGCCCAGAAGCUGCGGGGGAUGCGCCUGACCGGCCGUUUCCGGAAGAUCUGUAAGCUGAAAGCAGGGAGGAGCCACGCGGAGCAGAUGGUAUUCAAGAUUAAGAAAGAUAGUCCGCCUCGCAAGAACACACAGGUGGAAAAGGAAAUGAAGCCCGAAGCUAUUCGGGAGUAUUGCCGGCAUCUGUGUGUCAACUGGUCCCCCUGUGGGCUGGUAGUCCAUCCCAAUGCUCCGUGGCUGGCGGCCAUGCCUGACGGGCUGGUGUACGACCCCGAAGAGAAGAGCAGCUUUGGGCUGCUGCACACCAAAAGUGUCCCUUUCCACAACUUGACUGAAUGUAGGUUUUUGAUCUGCAGUGAUGGAGUCUUGCAGCUGAAGAGAAGCCACCCGGACCACUGGCACAUCCAGGCCCAGCUGAUGGUGACCGGCGCGUCCUGGUGCGACCUGCUGGUGCACUCCAGAGAACGCAUGCUGGUCCAACGCAUCUACCGCGAUAAAGUCAUCAUCAGGGUCAUGAAGAAGAAGUUGGAGGAGUUUUUCUUCUACUACUACCUGCCAACCCGGCCCGUGUCUUCCCCUCGGCUUUGCACCGUUAGUGUUUUUGGCACCAUGGCGAUCAAUAAAACCUACGUUAGUGUCGCCUACGCUUCGUUCGGCAUGCUCAUGGGCUUCUCCGCGUUCCUGGUGUGGAACGCCGUGUACAGACAGCCGUGGACGGGAGCCAUGGGAGGUCUCUCAGGUGUGCUGGCGCUGUGGACCCUGAUCACUCACAUCAUGUACCUGCAGGACUACUGGAGGACGUGGCUGAAGGGCCUCAAGUUCUUCCUCUUCAUCGGGGUUUUCUUCUCUGUGCUGGCAGUCGUAGCUUUCAUCACUUUCCUUUCCAUUGCCAUCAGCAGAAAGGAGUCACUGACGGACCCCCGGAGUCUCUACCUCUCCUGCGUCUGGAGCUUCAUGAGCCUGAAGUGGUCCUUCCUGCUGGCCCUGUCGGCUCAUCGCUACAGGAAAGAGUUCGCCGACAUCAGCAUCCUCAGUGACUUCUAAACUCCCACAGUUGCUGCUCAGAGACUCUGAAGUGCACUCGCUCUGCUAGCUUCUCAGUCCGAGUCUGUGCUGAAGAUUCACAAACAAGCUUUGUUUAGAGAUGUGUGCCAUUACCCUGGUUACACCUGAGCCUACCAUGCAACUAAUGAUUUGCCCUCUUUUAAAUGAACCUUUAUCGAAUGAUUUUUCUUCUGUUUUGGCUUUUCCUCCAUCUUUAACUCCUUGUGACAAAAUCCUUUUUUUUGCACAGUUCUGUGCUAAUAAUAGUAAUAAAAUGAAUAAUAAUGAUCAGCUGCAGUUCCACGCUGCAGCCACUAGAGGACCCCCCGCCUCCAGCUAUAAGGGCACCGUACAGCCCUCGGUGCACAUCUAAAUGGCACAAGUAUGUGUUGCAGUGAUCAGAUGGGGAAACAUACAUACCACAAAGCAUCAGUACCUAACAGAUACAACAAUCUAAAAUGGAUUCACAACCCAGCCCAGUGUGAAGGACUUCCACAGAGCAGGUCAACUAAGAAAUUGUCAGACAUCAACAUGAAGCGUUUCUUGUGCAGCUGCGGAUAAGCAGCACAUGUCCCAGUUUCCUGUAACUCUGUGUGGGCAAUUUUUUAAUGUACAGAACAGUUUUUGUAGUAUUUUUUUUAUCUGUGACAAAAGAAAAUGUUACCUGAGUUAUGUGCUCAUAUGCAUGCUGCAAUAUUUGUGCUGUCUUAUGUUAUAUUCUCUACAUCAAACCCACCUUUGAACAAAUAUAUUCCUGUUAUGUGAGAUUAUUUUUCUGUCUUUCCUCAAAGAUUCUGUCUUCAUAAUUGUUCUCACACUACUGUGUUAGUGAUGAAGUACUAUGGCAUUGUGUAUCCACGUUUAUCACUUGGCUGAAUGUAGCAGGAUGUGUUUGUAACAGAAUGAGUCUGAGGAUGGUGUGAGUAAAACGCAUUUUUGACAUCUACA